AUGGAGGCUGGAACCACAAGGCUAGCUGUCGGAGUCAUUGCUGGCUGCGUGAAGGUCCUCGGACGGCGGCAGCAUCUAUGGAACUGGCUCCUAGAGACAAAUAGGGAGGCAAACGAAAACGAGGACGCGCCUGAGAAGCCAAAGUUGGCUCAUCACGGCGACCCGCAGUGGGCGAGGUGGGAGAUGUGGAAGCAGGAAGGGAGUUUGGAAGGACCUGCGGCAGCCAAGAAGGAUGCUGCUGGUGGGGGAGAGGGUGACGGUGAAGUUGUCUGGUGGCUUAGUGAGGAGGGAGAGGCCAGUCCUCCAGUGAUGGACGGAGAGUACCAAAAGGGGGUUGGUGGCCUAGCUCUUGUCUGCCUAUUAGAGGAAGGACCUGCGGUAGUCAAGGAGGAUGCUGCUAGUGGGGGAGAGGGUGACAGUGCAGUUGUCUGGUGGGUUGGUGAGGAGGCCGGUCCUCCAGGGCUAUAUGGAGAGUACCGAGAGGGCUUCGUGUCAGUCAUCUCAGCUGGAGAGGAAGGGGCAGGGUAA